GAGCAGCUCGGACUCUCGUUGUUUAACAGCAUUUCUCUGCCAGGAAUCGUCAAAAUACUUUCCAGGAUUCAUUCAAGUGCCGCUCUUUUGCCAGAAAAUAACACCGAAGAACAUUUUGUGUGCGGAUAUUUGGUUAGAGUGAGUUGAACAACUUCAGGUCUCAGUUUUCGGAGGUGAGCGGACUUCGUUUCAUCGCGAGCGAAACGUUUUGGGAUAAAGGGACUACCAAGAACCACCGCACAGGCUGCACUCACGUAGUUUCUGUGGGUCUGUUAAGAGUACCUUUAGCUAGGUAAGAUUAAAGAAGCUUGUCGGGAAGCCAAACGUUUAAAAAAAACGUAACAAUAAUUAGGAAGUUUAUUCCGCUUCGUUGGUUAUUUGGGUUUUUCGGAGCGGGGGAUCACAUUCUUCUUCUUCUUCUCUGUCGCACAAGUUUUGCAAAAAAUAUGCGCAAACCUGUUAGCCAAACGUCGGUAGCUUGGAGUUAGUGAGCUUCGUCAACGGACCACACAUAUAAGUUUGGAUAUAUUGUUUUUUGGGAAGUUUUUCUGCGUCCAAUCUCAGCUCCGGAGUCGUCUAAUCUGCCCGACACUGGCUGUUUCACAGCCCCCCGCCAGUAAGUUAAGCACUGUGAAUGACCUGCUGCUGAUGCCCCAACGGUCUGAAUGGAGUUCCAGUCGCAGAAAAGCCAACAGUUGUAGCUCCCUCAGCAGGAUGCUGAUGAGGCCAAGUAUACUUCUGUGUCUGGUUUUAUUCGCCCAAGUUUUAAGGACCCAGUGCCGGCCUGCCAACACUGAUGAAGUGUCUGUGGAAACGCAGAUAGAGCUGUUCACGGUCUAUCCUGGGGAUCGUCUGGAUCUGAGUUGCUCUGUGAAAGACUCCCUCCAUGCUGUCAACUGGACCAAAGACCAUGUGGCAGUGGUCCAUGGAGAACACACACACAUCCGCAACGGCCAGCUGGAGAUCGAGACAGUGGAGCUGACGGAUUCUGGUCUGUACGCCUGCACCACCUUCGGCAAUCACAGCGUCUUCUUCAACGUCACAGUCGAUACCCUGGCCUCCUCUGAGGAUGACGAUGAGGAUGAAGAGUCUUCGUCAGAGGAAGCCAAACUGUUGGGCAGUCAAAAACUGCUGCCAAUGGCCCCACAGUGGGCUCACCCAGAGAAAAUGGAGAAAAAGCUUCACGCUGUCCCAGCCAGUAAGACGGUGAAGUUUCGAUGUCAGGCCAGCGGCAAUCCAACUCCCACUCUGAAAUGGUACAAGAAUGGCAAGGAGUUCAAGAGAGACCACCGCAUUGGAGGCUUCAAGGUCCGUGACCAUGUGUGGACCAUCAUCAUGGAAUCUGUAGUGCCCUCUGACAAGGGAAACUAUACCUGUGUGGUGGAAAACCAGUACGGCAGCAUCAAUCACACCUACCAACUGGAUGUAGUCGAGCGCUCUCCCCACAGGCCAAUCCUGCAGGCUGGACUGCCAGCUAAUCGCACUGCGGUGGUGGGCAGCGAUGUGGAGUUUGAGUGCAAGGUGUUCAGCGACCCUCAGCCUCAUAUCCAGUGGCUGAAGCACAUUGAACUCAACGGGAGCCGAGUGGGUCCUGAUGGUUUACCAUAUGUCCGUGUCCUCAAGCAUUCUGGGGUCAAUAGCUCGGACGCUCAGGUGCUGACCCUCUACAAUGUGACUGAGGAGGAGAGCGGAGAGUAUAUAUGUAAAGUGUCCAAUUAUAUAGGAGAUGCCAAUCAGUCGGCCUGGCUGACUGUCACCAGAUAUGAGCCCACAGCUGUCCCACACUAUCCUCCAGCCAACCACACCUACCUGGAGGUGGUCAUCUACUGUGUAGGCUUCUUUUUCAUCGCUGUCAUGAUCGCCAUCACAAUUAUCGUCAAGAUUCGCACCUCCUCAAAGAAGAGUGACUUCAACAGUCAGCUGGCCGUCCACAAGCUGGCCAAAAGCAUCCCGCUGCGCAGACAGGUAACAGUCUCUGUGGACUCUAGCUCCUCCAUCCACUCUGGAGUGAUGCUGGUUCGUCCCUCCCGCCUGUCCUCUAGUGGAUCUCCAAUGCUGUCAGGGGUGUCUGAGUAUGAGCUGCCCCAGGAUCCCCGCUGGGAGCUUCCCCGGGACAGACUUGUUCUUGGGAAGCCACUGGGUGAAGGCUGCUUCGGUCAGGUGAUGAUGGGCGAAGCACUGGGUCUCGACAAAGAGAAGCCAAACCGUGUGACCAAAGUCGCAGUCAAAAUGUUGAAAUCUGACGCCACAGAGAAAGACCUGUCAGACCUGAUUUCAGAGAUGGAGAUGAUGAAGAUCAUUGGGAAGCACAAGAACAUCAUUAAUCUGCUGGGAGCCUGCACGCAGGAUGGUCCUCUGUAUGUGAUAGUGGAAUAUGCAUCCAAGGGCAACUUGCGGGAAUACUUGCGAGCUCGACGCCCACCGGGUAUGGAGUACUGCUACAACCCGGACCAGGUCCCCGUGGAGAACAUGUCCAUCAAAGAUCUGGUGUCCUGUGCUUACCAAGUGGCCAGAGGCAUGGAGUAUUUGGCUUCCAAAAAGUGCAUCCACAGAGAUCUUGCUGCUCGCAAUGUUUUAGUAACAGAGGACAACGUGAUGAAAAUAGCCGACUUCGGCCUGGCAAGAGAUAUCCACCACAUUGAUUAUUAUAAGAAGACCACCAAUGGGCGUUUACCAGUCAAGUGGAUGGCUCCAGAGGCUCUGUUUGAUCGGAUAUACACACACCAAAGUGAUGUCUGGUCAUUCGGGGUGCUGCUUUGGGAGAUCUUCACUCUGGGGGGCUCUCCGUAUCCCGGAGUCCCAGUGGAAGAGCUGUUCAAGCUGCUGAAGGAAGGUCACCGCAUGGACAAACCCUCAACGUGCACUCAUGAGCUGUAUAUGAUGAUGAGGGACUGCUGGCAUGCUGUGCCCUCUCAGAGACCAACAUUCAAACAGCUGGUAGAGGACUUAGAUCGCUGUCUGGCCAUGACAUCCAACCAGGAGUAUCUAGAGCUGUCGGUGCCUCUGGACCAAUAUUCCCCCAGCUACCCAGACACCCGCAGCUCCACCUGCUCCUCGGGGGAGGACUCAGUCUUCUCCCACGAUGCCGGAGCCGAGGAGCCCUGCCUGCCAAAGUUUCCUCCCCACUCCAACGGGGCAGCCAUUAAGAAACGCUGAUACCUCAUCUCCAUUCAGACAAACAUUGACAUUUCCUCCGCUCCCUGCCUCAUGGGGUUGGACUCUUCCCCACAUUCCCAGAGAUGAAGCUAAAAAAAACACUGGUGCUCUGUGAGAGAGGAGCUCGGAGAGACACCUCGCAGAACUUGUUGGAUCACACGGACUGAGGAGUGCAGCCGUUUCCCAGUUCUCGGUGGCGACGAUGUUUAUGGGGCACUUUGUAUUACCGGGAGUGGCAGUUUGUCACAGUGUCAGAAAAAAAAAAAAACAGCAGACUCCCACUCUUUUUUCACUUUGGGCAUUCCACAGGUCAGGAGAAUCGUAAGGACUGACUGAUCGUCAGGUUUUUGUUUGUUUUGUGUUUUUUUUCCCCUCCAUGGUUGUUUCAUCAGUAGUGAAGGACAAUAUUCUGUGUUUCAGACCAAAUCCAGAAAAUAUCCUACCAAGGGACGUGCAGCACCAUGGUCCUCUGCAUCAUUCACUAUCUUCUUGUAAAUACAGUUAGAAAAUUAUAAAUAUGAAUAUAUAUUUACAUUAUACUCUUAUUUUUAUUACCAUAAUGAUUUAUUUUCUUUUGUACAAGGAUGCUUUUGUUUGAUCCAUUUUUUGAUAUAGUCUGUAGGGGCAGUUGUUACAUGAGAAUAUCUUUAAAUUGCUGAGGAUUACAUGGCCAGUUUUUUCGCUGUAUCACAGCUUUGAUUCCCCUAAAUUUACUGCAUAAUCAUCAAUGGAAAAAUAUAUAUUGGGUUUUCUAUUUUUUAACUGUAAGUGCUUUUCAUGACACAACCUGCAAUACGGUGUAACUCAGUGUUUGGGGAUUCUCUCCGUCAAAAGAGACAGAUUUAUGAGAAAUAUUUGUUGUGUGUCUGUGUGUGUGUGUGUGUGUGUGUGUGUGUGUGUGUGUGUGUGAGAGAGUGUGCCUGUGUGCAUGCUGGAUGUGCGUGUGGAAAAUUUUAUCUUGUCUCCUUCAAGACUGUUCAUUUACUCCAAGGAUGGUCACAACUGUAAAUAUUCCCGGUUGUACGCCAUGAUUGUUAAAAUCCAGAGUAAUCUGCUUCGGUCAACGUCGUGCACUUUCACCGUGCAUGCCUUCCAUGUGAUGAACUUAUCUUCUACUGUAAAUGCUUUAACAGGAGUUACAUUUGCUGCCAUAUAACUUCUGACGAAGGGUUGCAGAACACGUAUGUCAUCGUAAAAAGGAUUACAUUAAAUAAAAAUGCUAUCGAAAAACAAA